AUGGCCCCCCACGCGCUUGUCGCUACCAAGCAUGCACGCGCCAAGCACGUCGGCGGCAUGCGCCACAGCUCGGUGACGGCCCCGUCCGCACCAGCGUUCUCGCUCUGCAACGCCGCCUUGGCCGUGCUGACCAUCGAAGGGCUCUACCUCUCGGGCAUGGCGCUCGAUCCAACAAUCGACCGCUCCACCAUGCCACCCGAGCCACCGAAAGCGCGCACCCGCCACCCGCGACCAGCCAAGGCACAUAGCAUGGUGCGCCGCAAGCGUCCCGUGGACCUCAAGGCCAACCGCACGCUGAGCCAGCCCCGGUAG